AUGACUUCGCUACAACACGUGAAUCCCAGAGUGAGAGGAAUCAGAGUGUCGCCACAAAGUGUGCUGCAAAGUCUGGCUGAGCGCAAAAGGAAAAAAAAAAAGAUUGGGGUGCAGAAACCCUUUCAGGAGGUGAUUGACCUUAGCUCAGGUGAUCCCCACAGAGCAGGAAUGAAACCCGUCUCAUUUAUUCGACAGGUCUUGGCAGCGUGCUUAUACCCUGAGCUGCUGGAAGAUGAAAGCGUUCCUCUAGAUGUCAGGCUGAGAGCUCAGAGGCUGCUGGAGGACUGUGCUGGAGGAAGUGUGGGUUCAUACACUCCUUCCUCUGGGCUGCUUCAUGUCAGGCAAAGCAUCGCUGAGUUCAUCACAAGACGAGAUUUCGGAGUUCCUUCAUACACCAAAAACAUCUAUAUUUCAUCUGGUUCUCAUAGGGCACUGAUGGUUAUUGUGAAGCUGCUGGCCAGUGGGGAGGAGGAGGCUCGGACGGGGGUGCUGACCCCCAUGCCCUGCCCACACACACUGCCCACUCUGCUGGACGAGGCUGGGGUGACUCUGGUGCCCUACCGGCUGAUAGAGGAGCGAGGCUGGGCUGUGGACCUGGAGGAGCUGCACCGAGCUGUGACCACUGCUAGGGGGCGCUGCCAGCCCAGAGCAAUUUACAUCAGCAACCCAGGAAACCCCACAGGUCAUGUGCAGACCAGGGAGUCAAUAGAGGAAGUGAUUCGGUUUGCAGCAGCCGAGCGACUCCUGCUGUUUGUUGAUGAGGUCUACCAGGACAGCGUGAUUGGACUGGACAGAGAGUUUAUUUCCUAUAAAAGAGUCCUGUUUGAGAUGGGCAAAGAGUACGCAGACACAGUGGAGCUGGUCUCCUCCCACUCUUUAUCCUGCACCUGCAUAGGAGAGUGUGGUCAGAUGGCAGGAUACAUGGAGAUAAUCAACAUGGACCCAGAGGUGACGCAUUUCGUUGAUACCAUGCUGUGCACUGACAUCAGUGCUCCAGUCACAGGACAGCUCGCUCUGGAUCUCAUGCUCAAGCCACCAAAGCCUGGAGACACUUCAUAUGACACAUACACUCAGGAGAUCCUCCUCACUCUGACCACUCUGUCCCAGAAUGCUCAGCGGGCUCUGGAGCUCCUGAAUGAUCUACCAGGGAUGAGCUGCCAGCCAGUGAUGGGGGGAAUCUACGUUUAUCCACAUCUGUAUUUACCAUCUGAGUUUAGGGAGGAAGCCAAGACGCUAGAAGUGGAAGCAGAUGUUCUGUACUGUCAGAAGUUACUGAAAGAGGAGCGAGUGUUGGUAGGUGCAGGGCACCAUGGUGGAGCAACCAGCAGCCACCACCUCAGGUUAUGCAUCCUUGUUCCUUGUGACACCAUGGAAAAGGUCCUGGCUCGCCUCUGUUCCUUUCACCUUCGCCUCAUGGAUGGCCACUGUGGCCCCGAGAGAAGUGUGAAAGACAAAAACAAUCAGAAAAGAUCUUAACAUGCAAUUCAAUUCAUCCAUCCAUCCAUAAUCUGUACACCGCAUAAGCCUCACUAGGGUCAUGUGGGGGCUGGAGUCUGUUGACACACAUACUAUGUAUUAAUAGAGAAAUAAAUCAACAUGUA